GGAAGCGUCGGUGCUGUAUUUAAAGUUGGACGGUACUGUAGUUUGCAGGGCAGUACUGUGUCGUUACUAACUUUGUUUUGUCCUGUAUAACUGAACCCCCGUGCUGUAGCUGACGAUGAAGGCUCUUCUGUUGCUGGUGUUGACUGUUGGGUUAAAUAUACAGUACGGCGGUAGCGCUCUCCUGCCUCCUUCUUCUUCUUCAUGCUCCCAUCGACCAUCAAAGUGGUGCUCAUCUCUGGACUCAGCUCUCCAGUGCGGGGUUUUGAAGCAUUGCCUCGAGUCCAACUUCACCAGGUCCCGUCACACAGGAGAUCAAGUGGAAGUGGGGCUUUACUAUGAGAGUCUGUGUCCCGGCUGCAGGAUGUUCCUAACUGAGAUGCUCUUCCCCACCUGGGUCCUGCUUGAUGAAAUCAUGUCUGUUACUCUGGUGCCAUACGGGAAUGCACAGGAGAAACCCGUUGGACAGAAGUAUACUUACGAAUGCCAGCAUGGACCACCAGAAUGUCAGGGCAACAUGAUUGAGACUUGUCUAUUGAAUUUGACUGCUGAUGCUGGCGUGAUCAUCUUCUGUAUGGAAUCCUCCACUGAUGUCCUCGGUUCAGCCGAGAGCUGUGUGAAAGAUUACUCCACUGAUGUGACCUGGGGCGAUGUCAUGAGUUGUGUAAACGGGGAUUUGGGAAACCAGCUGAUGCAUCAGAAUGCCUUGAAGACCGAAGCCCUGAAACCUCCCCACCAGUAUGUGCCCUGGAUCACCAUUAAUGGGGAGCACACAGAGGAACUGCAGGACAAGGCCAUGAAUUCUCUCUUCACUCUGGUUUGCAACAUGUACAAGGGCCCCAAGCCGCCUGUCUGUGGAGAGGGCCAGAGAUACUUCAGAAGCUACUGCCACAAAGAUUGAAGGAGCAGCACUGCACACGCUUGCUCUGUUCCAGGUGUGGCUCACUAGAUAAGGAACACUGAGGAAUAUCAUCAAUUUAUUUUUUUUAUUUUUUUUCAAUGUGUGAUUUUACAAUCUGUUUCUAAAAAGGGAAAAAUAACUGCCUCACUUUAUAAUUCACACAGUACAAAUACAAUUCAAUUUCUUAACAAAAUGUGUCAUCAUUGAAAUGUUAUCCACUGAAACCAUAAACACUUCUUGUAGCAUUUUGACUUAGUGAUAGCCUUCUGGUGUUUGCGGUGUCUUUUGCAAAGUCUGGUCAGAGACAGUCUUCUCACUGUCCUUUAGAGGGCGCCAUAUCUCAUAAACACAUCUUCUGUCCCCUGUGAGGAACACAUGAACAUUGAUUAUGUCGUACUGCUGUCUUACAGUGGUUUUCCUUAAGUUUAUUUAGCUGAUUUCUUUGAACUGUGAACAUAUUGUAGUCUGUCAGAUCAUCCUGAGAAAGUUUUUACACAGCUAAUUUAAUGUUCAGUAUCAUGUUAUUCAAAAAACAGACAAGUAUAGUAAAGAAUACAUUAUACACAAAGUACAUGUUCAUAAGCACAUCAGGGAUCAUGACUAAAGGCACUGAAAACAGAUGAGUGAUUUCACGAGUCACAACUGAUGUUACACUUUCUGUACUUUUUGGUUUUAUUCAUAUGGGUGCAGCAGAAGAUAAAGUUCAUAAUAACCUGUAAAAAAAAGUUCAAUAAAAACUUCAUAAUAAAGUUCA